AAAAUCUUCCGUGGGAACCUAAAACGUUUGUGAGGCAAAGGUUAGCUGUAGCACCACAAGGCACUGAAAACAACAAGAAACAGGUACUAUUACAUUAUAACAAUUAGCAUAGCUAAAUAACAUUUAAUCUUAAAGUGUUUAAGGUUCAAAGUUCUACCCUGGUGAUUGGCUAGAUAUAUUAUCUCCGUGGGGAAGAGCAUCACUAGCAAGAAUUGUUAUGUGAGGGAUGUUGCGCCGUCCCCAACCCUCCGACUGUGAGGCGGACCUCCUUAGAGAACAGGAGAGCUUUCUGGCCUCAGGAGCUCCGUCUGCGGCCAGCGUCCUCCGGCGUCCGGACAAGAGGAGAGGCCAGGGUGGAGAGGCGGAGGGUGACGGGAGCCAGGAGAAUGGAGGAACCCAGAAGGAUGUGGUCACCAUUGAAGAUCUUCCAGAUGAGCUUCCGUCUCUGACUCCAGCCCCGCCAAAAAAGUCUCGUUUCAAAGCCAGUCGUGUCACCUUUGAGGAGGACGAUGCUGAAGACCGGCUGGACGCUCAUGACACUCACAUAAGCGCCGUCCUCUCCAGGAUUGUUGAGAGAGACACCAGCUCUGUGCCGAUAUCUUUACCAGCAUUUACCGGGAUGGCUUUCCCCAAAGUGAUGCACCGCUCUGAAACCAGCAGUCAGGUAAAGGCCCCGCCUUCCUCCGUUAGAGGAAAGAAGAGCAUCUUUGCCCGUCAGAUUGCUGCUCAGAAGCUUAAUGAAGCAAAGACGCCACAAGACGAUUCAUCUGGAUCUUCCCAGACUUCUGGUCUCAAAGAGCAGAACCUUCCUGCUGAGACUGGGAUGGAUAUAGCGCUCAGUGAUGCCUCUGUAGCCUCUCAGCCCAGGUUGGUGUCGGGUCAGGGGCUCGGCGUCUUAGAUGGUUCAACGGAGACUCUGAGGAUCCACAUGGAGAAUCAGGCCAAACUCAGAGUGAUGUCUCAGUCAGAAAUCCUCGAGGAGCAGAAGAAGCUCUUGUCUCAGCUCGAUCCCAGACUCGUGGAGUUUGUCAGAUCCCACAAAGCUCAAAGUGUUCAGUCUGAGGAAACAAACAAGAAGGAAGACGCUCUGGAAAAGGCAGGUGGACCUCCAUCCAGUGGUCCUGUGUUUUAUUGUGAAAGGAGCAUGGAAGAAGAGGAGCCACAGCCUCCAUCAGCAAUCAUUACAGAGGUGGAGCUGCCAGUGAAGCCUCAGAAGGAAUGGGUCCACAUGGACAAACUGGAGCCAGAGAAGCUGGAGUGGAUGAAAGACUUGCCUCCUCCCAGGAAGAAGGGAACUGAGAAGGCCAUGCAGGCCCGUUUUGACUUUGCCGGGACAUUGAUGCCACCCACUGAAGAUCUACCCACCCACUUAGGGCUGCACCACCAUGGAGAGGAGCCUGAGCGGGCGGGAUAUUCCCUCCAGGAGCUGUUCCUGCUGUCUCGCAGUCAGCUCAUCCAGCAGAGAAGUUUGGCUCUCAACACUCUGGCUAACAUCCUCUCCAAGGCGCGUGCUGGAGAGUACGCAUCUGCCCUUAGAGGCACCGUGACCUCCACUCUGCUGGACGCCGGCGUGCUCUUCCUGCUCCGCUUUGCCCUGGACGAUGGCGUGGAGGGAGUGAUGUCUGCAGCUGUGCACGCGCUUAAAGCCCUUCUCGUGUCUUCUGAAGAUGAGGAGUGCAUGGAUUCUACUUUCUCCUGGUACCUGGGUUUGGCCUCCUUCCCUCUGCUGCCCUCUUCCCAAGAUGAUGAGGAGGAGGAUUAUGAAGGGGUGGAUGGAUGCAUGAAGCAGACGGCCAAAGAAAAGGAGGAACAGAAGAGUGAUUUUGAUGUUACCCAGCAGGAUGUCGUCAAGGGCUUAUUAAAGAUGAAGCUGCUCCCCAGGCUGCGCUACAUUCUUGAGGUGAUGCGGCCGUCCCCUCGGGUGGCUCAGGACGUCCUGCAGAUCCUGACCCGUGUGGCCCGACACUCGCUGUCAUCUGCCACUGAGGUGUUGAACUGUCCUCGUCUGAUGGAGACGGUAACGUCAGAGUUUCUCCCCACUUCCUGGUCGGCAUCUUCCUCACCCAACCCUCAGUCCAUAUAUGGAGUUCCUGUGCCCAGCGCCAUGAAGCUCUUGAGGGUCUUGGCUACAUCUGGCAGACAUAACUGUGCCAGACUGUUGAACUCUCUGGGUGUGAAGGAGCGUUUGUCGCGUCUGCUGGGCGCUGAGCCCAGCGAGCUGCUGCUGGAACCGUCCGAGGCUCUCAGGGUCACCACUGAGGCCUACAGGUUCUGGGCGGUGGCAGCCGGUUAUGGACAGGCAUGCCAACUAUACAUAGACUUGUACUCUGCUUUACUGAAGUCACUCCAGUCUGGGCAUCGCUUAGCGCCGCCCUCACACGCUCUCCAGCCUCUGCAGCUGCAGCGGCUCUCGGCUUUGCUUUCUCUGCUCACACAGGUCACACACGCAGCCGGCUGCCAUCAGGAGUUGCAGGCUGGCGUCCUCAGCGCUCAGGGGGAGGAGUGCCCUCCUCCGCCUCCUGUUUCCUGGGGUCACGUCUCGGGCUUGCAGGCAUCCCUGUUGGGGCAUCUGAAGGGUCUUGUCAAAAGCCUUGAUAGUCCAGUUCAGGCAGAUAGCAGCUUGACCCUGAUACCAGCUUAUCUGGUCUAUCUCCAAGCGUACUACCAACAGCUCUCCAGACAGACCUUUUUCAAACCAGUGGAGACUCUUCAGGAGCUGGAGCUUCUGACCUCCGAUGUUCUUCUUCCACUUCUGUGUCACAGUGUUGUGCAAGGUCUGAUGAACAACCUGAGAUCCUCUUCUUUGGUUUGCAACGUUCAGUCCCACCAUCCGGGUCCAGAGACGACCUCGAAUCUUCCAGGUUUAGCCUGCGCAGGAUGGAAGGAACGUUCUGGGCUUGUUGUUCCCAGCUCCCCUUUUGCUCUUGUGAUCGGAUUGGGAUCCCUCUUGGAAACAAUCACAGGGAUCCAUAGAGGUCUCAGCAGCAAGUUCUCGAGCUUCCUCCUGUCAGAGCCUGUGAUUGGUUACCUGCAGGCCUGCAGUAAGUCCACGCCCACUCUGUCUGUGUCCAGGGCUUGGCUCCUUCGUCACGAACACCUCCUCCUGUACCUGCUGCUGCGGAUGGCUCACAGGCUGGUUCCUGUCGAUGUAGAGGUGGCGAAACAGGCCUCACUUUAUCACCAGGUGGCACUGGUGCUUCUUCCCUGGUUAUUACCAGGCAGUGAAUACUUGGCACAUGAACUGCUGUCUACUGUUAUAUUCAACAAGGACUUUAUAUCAGAGGGACACAGUGGAGGUCCAGAGGCUGUGGAGCUCGGGGAGCUAAAGCUUCACGACGACGUCAGACUCCACCCAUCUCCAUCUCUACAGACUGUUGGCGCUCUCCUCAGAGAAGCCUGCGUUCAGCUGCCGUCUAUACGGGGCUGCUUCCUCACUCAUCUCGCCUAUCUGGAACCGUCUGUGAUCGCGUCCCGAAAAGCCCUGCUUGGACGCAACCCGUGGAUCAGUUCCCACCUCCUCCCGGAGGUCACGGGGCCCACCCUGCCAUCUGACUGGCCGUUCCUCCCCCUCAUCAAACUGUACGAGCAGACAGGAGUGUCUGGCGGCGGGGGGCUGGCUGUAGAGGAGCUUCCAGCGGGGGCUCUACAGGCGGCUGUCCACUGUUUGCAGUGGCUACUGCUGCUGGAGGUUUGGAGGGAGGAGUCCUUAAAGGUGGUUCCUCCUGUAGCCAAGCUGGCCCGUCUGUCCUGCGUGUUCCUCUGUUCAAGCGACUUGUUCCUGGAGAGACCCGUUCAAAAACUGACCUGGGGUUUGUUUAGAUUACUGACCAGGGCUUCUAGACUGGACUCUUUGGACCUGGACGUGCCCCCGCCAGGCCUCGCCUCUUUCCAGGACUUGUACAGCGCUCUUUUGGCGCAGUAUGAAUCCGUGUCUUUUGGAGAUCAGCUGUUUGGCUGCUGGGUUCUGUUGCCCCUGCAGAGGCGCUACAGCGCCUCCCUGAGGCUGGCUGUUUUUGGAGAACAUGUGGGGAUGUUGAGAUCUCUGGGAGUCACGCUAGAACAGCUUUCCAUCCCGAUCGAGCAAUUUACAUCUCCGCCUGAAGACUCGCUUCCUCUCCUUCGUCUCUACUUCCGCUCUUUAGUGACCGGAUCCCUGAAGCUCUCCUGGUGUCCUGUCCUCUAUGUGGUCGCCUUGUCUCAUGUGAAUUCCUUCAUCUUCUCUCAGGAUGCUGCUGCACAGGAGGUGGAAGCUGCUCGACACAGUAUUCUGAGAAAAAUCUACUACCUUACUGAUGAGGUGCUGAGGAACCAUUUGCUUCUCUUUCGUCUGCCGCAGCCGCACACGCAGCUCGGGUUCGACACGUAUGCAGAGCUUCCUCCAAUCAGGGCGAAGCGUUUGGAAAGCGUCUGCAAAGCAGGGACAGCAAAGGAGACGGCGUGAUUCACGAGGAGGCAAAGAAACAAACUGGACAGGAACGGAGAACGGAGCGUGAGCAGUAGAGAUUGGGAGGUGCUUAAAGUUGGAACAGCAAGAUGUGAAGGAUACGGUAGAAGCACGACAAUAUUCCUAUAAAUAGAAUUCAGUUUGUAGCUUUGCUUUCUGGAAAAGAUGUGACUGUGUUUUCAGCUUCUCUAAAAAAUGCCCUCAGACCCAAACUCAACUUUCACGGUGCCGGAUUUUUUUUUUUUGCUUAAAACAUGAAUAACAUGAAAACUGCUGAAGCUCCUCAGGCUGUCAUAACAUUCAUUUGAACUGAGGAUAGAUUUAAACAUCUGAUCUGCAACAAAACUGGGAAAAAUCUGAAAAGUUCAAAAAAGUUCAACUUACACAAAAAAAGACUUAAAAAAACUUUCAGAUCUGAUGUCAAAAUAUCCAUAAAGCACCUCUUUAUUUUCUAUUAAAGCUCAAAAGUGUUGACUUUCAGAUUAACACUUUAGAAAGUAUGGUUUUUUUCUGAUUAAAACAUGAAACAUAAAAUUCUCCAAAUGCUGAUAAUUCUGUUUUUUGGAGCAGAAACCCCCAAAAAACCUUUUUAUGAAUACAUUUAUCAUUUCUGCUAUUAUGUAGGAAAACAUGCUUUAGUGGACCUCACAGAAAUAAAGCUUUUUUACUGUCUAACUUAAUUAGAAAAGAUUGUUAAAAAAAAACAACCUACGAAAGACCAAAAAAUGUUUGUUUGAAAUGUUAAGUAAAGAUGAGAGAAGUAUUCGUCUAGAAAAUGUGACAGCUUUUUGUUUUUUAUUGAGCUGAUAUGAUUUCUUUUAAAAAAAGGCUUUGUUUUAUUAUAAUUUUUCAUGUCGGGUUCACUCAAUUUACUCAUCUGUGGUCGGAUACUGUGGUGCAAUUUUCCAGAUCUGAUUCACAACAUUUCCCGGCUCUAUAAAGGCAAUUUUCUAGUAAAAUAUAAAAAUGAUAAUAAACGUUUUUUUUUAUUGAA